AUGGCAUCGUCAUCCACGGCCAGCAAGCCCAGCGUGGGCAUCCUCUCCAUCGGCGAUAUGGGCAUGGGCAUUGGUCGACUCCUCCGCCAUCACGACUACGCAGUCUACACGGUCGCCACGGGACGAAGGCAAGCACCCCCUUUGAGUUAUUCCCACACGCUCGACCGGAUCAAAGUUGCGCAGAUCACAGCUCUGGCCUCGGACGAAGAACUCGUCGCCGAGGUCGACAUCCUAUUGAGCAUCGUGCCUCCGCGCGACGCAGUGGCGACGGCCCGCCGGGCCCUGGAGGCGUGUCAUUCGGCGCCCGCCAUCAAACGACGCGGUGAAAGCAAAGGCACCGCGGCGCCGAGUCUGAUCUACAUCGACUUGAACGCCAUCAGUCCGCGCACGGCGCGCAGCAUCGCCUCCCUCUUCACCAGUCCUACAACUACUUCGACGGCGUCUCCCUCGUCGCCAACCAGCCAGCUCUCGAUCGCGCGCUCGUUCUCGUUCCACAGAACAGAAUCGGAAGUCGAGCCGCAGCAGCCUCCCAUCUCCAUCAAUUUCCUCGACGGCGGCAUUAUCGGCGGCCCGCCGUCGCUGCGUGAAGACAAGUCCUGGAAACGUCCGUCCAUUGUGAUCUCCGGCCCAGAGAUCGCCGAGCUGCUCGAUGCGUCUCUACGGGAAUUACUGAAUGUGAAGAUCGUCGGCGACGCCAUUGGGCCGGCGUCGGCCUUGAAAUCGUGUUUCGCCGCCCUCUCGAAGGGCACCAUCGCCUUGUCCAUCUUAUCUUUCACGACCGCUCAUAGCUGCGGCGUGCUUCCGGCUCUGAAGGAGCAUUUGGCAGAGUUCUAUCCCGCGAUCCUGGCCUUUGCGCGCGCCGGGCUGACGUCUAUGCCGCCCAAAGCUUAUCGCUGGGUCGACGAGAUGAGACAGAUCAAUGAGACUUUCAGUCUCGAGGGGGUUUUCAGUCCGGAUGUUCUGGGCGAUGAUGGCGGCAAUCACCAUCAUCAUGACGGGGCGUCGCAGUCCGCUAGUCAGGUCUUCGAGGGCGUGGCGGAGAUAUAUAAGCUCAUUGCGGAUGAUACUGUGCUGGGAGAAGAGAGGACGGAGAAGCGCAAGAGGGGGACCAAUGUCGAAGAUGUCGUCGAGUGUGUUCGUGAAGGCAUUGCGCGGAAGAAGAAGAAGGGCGAAGGAGAGGGAAACCUGGAUGCCACUUGGAGAGGGAGUUGGGCUUGA